AUGGUCAACCCGGCAUACUACCCAGACGGAAGACGAUAUAGCCGCGUCGACCCGACAUACGUCUAUCCGGAACGGCAGCAACGACAUCACUCGCAUUCUUCUGAAGCGCGGACAUCUAACAUGACGGAACGAGAGACUGACACGGAUACACCUCCCCGCAAGCGCAUUGCCGUUGCUUGUGGCCGUUGCCGGAAGCGCAAGAUUCGCUGCAGCGGAGAUACGGGCAAUGGACUCCCAUGCCAGAACUGCAAGGCCGCCGGCGCCGAGUCCUGCAUGUUCUUACGAGUCGCCUCAACAGAAGCUCCCUGGGUAUCUACGGAUCAAACAUUCACAUACGAUCUCAAAGCUGCUCGAGCAUACGCCCACACCGCCAUGGCCUCGCCCCUGAACUCGUCCCCGCCUCACCACUACACCUCCGACAUCCACGACGGCCUCCCCCGCUACUCUUCAACAUCAGCCAGCUACUACGGCGGAAAGUACUACGCCUCGCCCGCGACCAUGCCGAGUUGGUCUGCCACGCCGGGCUACUCAGACGACGCCGUGGACUACAGCCCCGCCGCGGUGGCCUCCAUGGGAUACCCGUACUCUUACCAGCAGCCCUCAGACACGAGCUACUACUACCGCGUAAACCCUACCGCAAAGGUCACCGCAGCGACACCGAGUGCGGGUGACUUGUACGUCAACACGGCGGACGCCGUAGCGGCGGCGGGAUACGCCUACGGCAGCAACGCCGGCACCGUAACGCAGCUUCCUCACCGUCCCGCUGCAAACGUGACAGCGGCGGCAGCAGCAGCAGCAGCGGUGCAACAGAGCGAGGGCCAGAAUUUCUCCUUCACUGGCGUCGCCGCUUCUUUGCCUCCCGCCGGUGGCGACCGUCGACUCCCCGACCCGGCUACGCGUCAGCCCGUCGCCAACGUAAACGUCCUAGCCUACCGUACAGAAGGCGCCGCUGCUGCUACAUCCUCUACGGCAUCGACGUCGACAAAGUCCUCAGGUAGCCCGACGUCCCAGCCCUCCCCAAUCUCAGACGUGACGACCAGCUACACUACUUCGGGCCCCAGCGGCUCAGGAAGCUUCGAGACGUCGCCCGUGUCUGCGUACCCUCCGCCGUCGCACACCGUUCCGUCUAUGGCGCAUCAGCAGCAGCGUAUUUCCAACGCUGAGAUGGCGGGAUACCCGCCCUCCACGACCACGAGCGGUGGCAGCGAACCCAUCUUCAGCGCCUCGGAAACGAGUCUUCGAUCAGCGUCUGAUUCCGACUUGAGCUACAAGUACACUGAUUCUUCCACCGCGCCGUCGGGGGUAAGCAGAGACGGCAGCGGCCGUCGCGGAAGCGGCGAGACCACGAGUUCCACUUCCUCUUCGUCGUCCACUACGCCCGUAGGUGGAGGCGGCUCGCUUUCCAACGGGCAGCAGUAUACCGUAACCACACCGUCGCCGGGCAUGUACGCCUCCGUGGGUCACCAUGGACGGCAUCAUAUCGGGCAGUACAUGCUCUCCGAGGAAGUCGCGGCCGAGCAGCACCAUCACCAGCACCAUCACGAUCAUCACCAUGGUCACGGUCAUAGCCACCACCACAGCAGUCACCAUCACCACUCGGGUCGUAGGUCUGCGGGUGGCUUGUCCGCUUCCUAG